UGAUAGAUACUACAAUAGAGUAAAGAAUUGGACAAAAAAUGUGAACAUUUUCGAAAAGGACUUUCUAAUUAUACCAAUUCAUAAAUCCUGUCAUUGGUUUCUGGCAAUCAUUUGUUAUCCAAGAAAAGUUCCUCUCCUGGACGAAGUUGCAUUCAAUGAGAAAAGUGCUAAAAGGCCUCGUAUACUUUUCAUGGACUCGACGCAAAGUGCUCAUAGUAGAUGUGGAUUAGCUGCACCAUUACGACACUUUCUAGCUAAGGAAUGGGAGUCAAAGAAAACGACAAAGAAAAGUUUUAGUAGAAGUGUAAUGCCUGAUAUUUAUCUCAAGGUGCCUAAGCAAAACAAUGACUUCGACUCAGGUCUCUAUGUACUACAAUGCAUUGAGAAUUUCCUAAGAAAUCCUGAUCAUUUACUUGACAAAGUUUCCAAAGACCCGGCUAUUAAUCUAGAGGAUUGGUUCUCUCACAGACUGGUUUCGGCUAAACGACGAACUAUUGAAAGAUUGAUUAAACAACAGCGAAAAGCUGAAGAAAUCAAGAAAAAUAGUCUUUGCGAAACGGAUGAUGAAAUUUCUUCUUCUUCUUCUUCUUCUUCUUCUAGCUCUUAUUCUUCUGCUGAUUCCGAAAUUUCUAUUUACUAAUUUUUUAUGAAUCAACUGCACCUAAAUGAGUACAUCAAAAUUCCAGAGAUUCUUUCAUGACCAUUUCUUUCAUUUAUAUACUCUGUUUAUCAUGAAUUUCCAAAACUCUUCCCAAACAAAAAUCAACCCAUUGACAAGCAAAACGAAAGGGGAAUAAUACAUAUUCAAUCGUUAAUCAGUUAACAUCAUAAUAUUGUUAUAAUCUCGUUAACUAAUAGUUGUUACUGUAAACGAAACUAUCUUAAAAUUAUCUUCGUUAUUGACAAGUUUAUUUGUUUGAUUCAAUUGCUUUGAGUGUAAAUCCAUCCGUUCAGAAUCCUCAGCCAGUGAGUAGUUGAAUAUUUUCAAUGGCUGUAAGUCAAUGACUGUGAUAGCAACCAUAUUGUUGAUCAAAAAUUAAAAUUCAACUAAAUUUGUUACUGAUUAAUCAAUCGUGAUCUAUUUUUAUACGCCAAUCCAACGCUGGAGAUAAUGUUUAAAGCAGAAGUUGAAGAGAGUAUGAAUGUUCGACCUUUAAACUGAUCUUUUUUGGAAAAUCAAACUAACCGCUAAUUAUUUGCAGGAUUAAUCACCCUUACGUUACACUCUUUAAUCACUUCUGCAGGCUCAACUUUCAUCAAUGAGUUGGAUUUUUUUGGAACUCGUUCUUCCCUCUCAACUUGUUUUCCUUGAGAUUUUCUUGUAGAAAAUUGCUUCUUUGUGUUGUUUCAAACAGUCAUUCUUAUAAGACAUUGUCUUAAAGACGAUUUGAAGUCUAAUGUCUGUUUUUCCAAAUUUGUCGAUUUACAAUAACAUCGUCUACUUCGGUAUUCAUAAGUUUUGCUGUGAUGAAAUUCGUUUAAUUUCAGCAGGCUUUAAGUUUUCCCAAGUUGGCCGAUUACAAGAAAGAUCUCGUUUCGACAUCACCAUUCCACCAAUUGAAAUACAAAAGGCCUAUUUGGACAGUAAAACCGGUGAAAAUUUGUCAACCCUGAUAAUUGACACCGUUCCUCAAUCUGGAACUAAAAUAAGGAGCGCAUUGAAAAUAAGACCCAAUCAAGACGAUAGCUCAGGAGGACCCAUUCGUGUUCUUUUUCAAUUUAGCGGACAAGGUGAAGAAAUUUACAAAAUAUUGGAUGAAUAUUUUUCGUGCUAUACUUCAUUGACUUGGAAAUUUGAGAAAGUUUUAUCUCGAAGUGUCCAUAAAUACCUUGAUUUCUUAAACAAUCAUUCUCAACAAUCAUCAACACGAAAAACGAAUGUUUCAAGUCCAAAUUACGACAAUUCAGUGUUUAACAUGGAGAUUAAUCAAACUUUAUCAGUUCACAACAAUUCUGUCUACUUCGGCAUUUAUAAAUUCACCUGUAAAGAGAUUCAUUUAAUCUCAAAAGGUAUUAAGUUUGUUCAAGUAUCUGCACCAGAAAGACCGAGUUUGGCUAUUACCAUUCCACCCAUUGAUAUACAAAGAGCCUAUUUCGAUAGAACAGAAUUUUUAACCCUGAUCAUAGAAACCGUUCCAAGUUCGAGUUUCAAAAUAUGCGAAGCCUUACAAAUACAACGGAAUCAAGAAGGAACCAUUCGUGUGGCAGUGCAAUUGAACGGAAAGAAUGAAGAAAUUCGAAAUAUAUUGGAAGAGUAUUUCGCCAUCUUUAAUACUGUCACUUGGAAACUUGAUAGAAAUCUAUCUGUUAGUGCUCAUCAAUACUUCGAUUUAUUAAAUAACUCUUCUCAACAACCGACAGCAACAUCAUCCACGUCUUCAUCCACUUUUAAAUCACCUUUUCCUCCUAAAUUGGCUAAGAGUAAAAAGAAGACCUCGAAUUCGAAAAUAGAUGAAACGACCUCCAUUGUUGAGAUGAACAGUGAAGAUGAAAUUGGAAACUCAAAUGCCGCAGUAUCAAAUUGUGACGAUCGUCUCUUUAGUUAUCCACCUAUUCCCAUUUACGAAGUUGAACAUAUCUCAAUUCGUCAGUCGGAUCUCGCUUGUUUGGAGGAAGGGCAACAAAUAAAUGAUGCAAUCCUGGGUUUCUAUCUUAAGUAUAUUGAAAAAGACUUGACAUCCCCAGAUAUCGCCGAAAGAUGCUACAUUUUCAGUUCAUCUUUUUACUACAAUCUCACCCAUAAACCUCAAAUAUCAGAGGUUAGAACCCAGGGUGCAAAAACGCUUUCUGAUAGUUACUACAAUAGAGUAAAGAAUUGGACAAAAAAUGUGAACAUUUUCGAAAAGGACUUUCUAAUUAUACCAAUUCAUAAAUCCUUUCAUUGGUUUCUGGCAAUCAUUUGUUAUCCAAGAAAAGUUCCUCUCCUGGACGAAGUUGCAUUCAAUGAGAAAAGUGCUAAAAAACCUCGAAUACUUUUCUUAGAUUCACUUCAAAGUGCUCAUCAUAAAUGUGGAUUAGCUGCACCAUUACGACACUUUCUAGCUAAGGAAUGGGAGUCAGAGAAAACGACGAAGAAAAAUUUUAGUAGAAGGGUAAUGCCUGAUAUUUAUCUCAAGGUGCCUAAACAAACAAAUCACUUCGACUCAGGUCUCUAUGUACUACAAUCUAUUGAGAAUUUCCUAAGAAAUCCUGAACAGCUACUUGAAAGAAUUUACAAAGACCCGGCUAUUAAUCUAGAGGAUUGGUUCUCUCACAAACUGGUUUCGGCUAAACGACGAACAAUCGAAAGAUUGAUCAAACAACAGCGAAAAGCUGAAGAAAUCAAGAAAAAAAGUCUUUGCGAAAUUGAUAAUUGCAGUUCUUCUUCUUCUUCUUCUUCUUCUUCUUCUUCUUCUUCUUCUUCUUCUUCUUCUGAUACUGAUUAACUUCUACUUACUAAUUCUUGAAAACAUUUAAUUGUGAUCAGAGUAUUUUUGCACCCAUAAAGUUAUCGUCUUAUAUUGAACUUUUCAUUAUUUUAACUUUAAAGUUUUGUGAUUGUCAAACUUUUCUAACGAAGAAAAAAAGUUUCAAAUCUUAUCAAUCAAACAAUCUUUAUGUAAGAAUCACAACCGGGGUAAAGAACCAGGAAUCAUCCAGUUCAGCUCAUAAGUUUUUGAUUGACUAGUUGAUGUUUUAGUUGUCAAUUGUUAAUUAUUUAAAAUAAUUUAUUUUAUUCCUAUUAUCAGUUGUUGGUAUGAUGAAGGUGAAUUAGGAUCAUGGUAACCACCCGGUGCAAGAAGGAUCCUCGGAGGAAGACCAAAGGUUUCACCCCAAUUCUAAUUUGAAUCUGAGGAUCCAUCACCCGAUUAACCUUUAAUUGGUGAUGAGGAUAAGCUUGUUGUAAAUUUCUUUGGUGUAAUGGUUAUGGUGAUGUA